AGCCCUCUGUGUUUCCUUCAGGUGAAUCACCAUCUGAUUCCUGCAGGUUCAGGAAAUACUCUUCCCCAGUCGACAAAUCUCACCUACUCUUAGUUAUGAGUCAUUUACAUUAGCAAGAGAGCAAGUUGUUCCAGUAGUUGCCGGGCAGGAGAAUUUGAAAGGGUGCCCCAAAGGACAAUCUCUAAAGGGGUAGGGGAGAUACCUACCUUGUCUGGUAGCGGAGAUGUUUAGUUUUUAUGCUUUACCAGAAAAUCCACUUCCCUGCUGACCUUAGUUUCAAAGCUUAUUCUUAAUUAGAGACAAGAAGCCUGUUUCAACUUGAAGACACCGUAUGAGGUGAAUGGACAGCCAGCCACCACAAUGAAAGAAAUCAAACCAGGAAUAACCUAUGGUGAACCCACGCCUCAAUUGUCCCCAAGUGUUUCCUGACACGCAUCUUUGCCUGCUUACAGUGCAUCACAACUGAAGAAUGGGGCUCAACUUGACACUUGCAAAAUUACCAAAUAAUGAGCUACACGGCCAAGAGAGUCAUAAUUCGGGCAACAGGAGCGACGGACCAGGAAAGAACAUCACCCUUCACAAUGAAUUUGACACGAUUGUCUUGCCGGUGCUUUAUCUCAUUAUAUUUGUGGCAAGCAUCUUGCUGAAUGGUUUAGCAGUAUGGAUCUUCUUCCACAUUAGGAAUAAAACCAGCUUCAUAUUCUAUCUCAAAAACAUAGUGGUUGCAGACCUCAUAAUGACACUGACAUUUCCAUUUCGAAUAGUCCAUGACGCAGGAUUUGGACCUUGGUACUUCAAGUUUAUUCUCUGCAGAUACACUUCAGUUUUGUUUUAUGCAAACAUGUAUACUUCCAUCGUGUUCCUUGGGCUGAUAAGCAUUGAUCGCUACCUGAAGGUGGUCAAGCCAUUUGGGGACUCUCGGAUGUAUAGCAUAACAUUUACGAAGGUUUUAUCUGUUUGUGUUUGGGUGAUCAUGGCUGUUUUGUCUUUGCCAAACAUCAUCCUAACAAACGGUCAACCAACACAGGACAAUAUCCAUGACUGCCUGAAACUUAAAAGUCCUUUGGGGGUCAAAUGGCAUAUGGUAGUCACCUACGUGAACAGCUGCUUGUUUGUGGCUGUGCUGGUGAUUCUGAUCGGAUGUUACAUAGCCAUAUCCAGGUACAUCCACAAAUCCAGCAGGCAAUUCAUAAGUCAGUCAAGCCGAAAGCGAAAACAUAACCAGAGCAUUAGGGUUGUUGUGGCUGUAUUUUUUACCUGCUUUCUACCAUAUCACUUGUGCAGAAUUCCUUUUACUUUUAGUCACUUAGACAGGCUUUUAGAUGAAUCUGCACAUAAAAUCCUAUAUUACUGCAAAGAAAUGACACUUUUCUUGUCUGCGUGUAAUGUGUGCCUGGAUCCAAUAAUUUACUUUUUCAUGUGUAGGUCAUUUUCGAGAAGGCUGUUCAAAAAAUCAAAUAUCAGAACCAGGAGUGAAAGCAUCAGAUCACUGCAAAGUGUGAGAAGAUCGGAAGUUCGCAUAUAUUAUGAUUACACUGACGUGUAGGCCUUCUAUUGUUUGUUGGAAUCUGUAUGUACAAAGUGUAAAUAAAUGUUUCUUUUCGUUAUCCUU